UAAAUUAUCAAUAAUUAGUUUACAAAAAAAAAAUUAUCAAUAAUUCGCAAACGAGUACAGUGUGGGCACUCGGUUAUUUUCAUAUAUUAUUGUAGUAAAUCAAAUCCCAUAAUGCUCUUUUAAGUUUAAGCAAGAAGAGACGACAAGACAUAAUAAUAAAAUAAAGUUAAAUAAAAAAGCAAGGAGAAAGCACAAUGAAUAUAAUAUAAAUAUGCAUGUAGACGUCCAUAGUUCAUCACAGUUCUCAUCAAAUACCAAGGAUCAAACAAGAAAAGAGAUAUCGGUCAUGGCAACUACUCCACAAUGGAUCAUGAUUGGAGGAGAAGGUCCUGAGAGUUACAACAAACACUCAUCGUAUCAGGGAGCAUUGUUGGAAGCCGCAAAAGAGAAGAUGAACGAGGCUAUCUCAGCCAAACUGAGCCUCGACAUGAUAUCUGGUCGCUUCAUUGUUGCGGAUUUUGGUUGUGCGAGUGGACCUAACACUUUUGUGGCAGUACAAAACAUAAUUAAUGUAGUAGAAGACAAGUACCGCAAGGCAACCGGAGAAAACCCGGCGGAGAACAUCGAGUUCCAAGUCCUCUUCAAUGAUUCUACCACCAACGAUUUCAACACUCUCUUCCAGGCACUUCCUGCGGGCAGACGCUACUAUAGUGCUGGUGUUCCGGGCUCCUUCUUCGGCCGUGUUCUCCCUAAACAUAGUUUCCACAUAGGAGUUAUCAGUUAUGCUUUCCAUUUCACCUCAAAAAAUCCCCAAGGGAUCACCGACCGAGACUCUCCUCUGUGGAACAGAGACAUGCACUGCACUGGCUUCAACGAAGCAGUCAAGAAAGCAUAUCUUGAUCAGUACUCAGCCGACACCAAGAAUCUAUUAGACGCUAGAGCUGAGGAGAUCCUCCCCGGGGGAUUGAUGCUGCUUUUCGGAUCAGGUUUAAGAGACGGAGUUAAGAUGUCGGAGACCGCUAAAGGAAUGGUGCUGGAUUUCAUCGGAGCUUCUCUUAACGAUCUUGCUCAACAGGGUGUCAUCGACCAAGAUAAGGUUGACUCUUUUAGCACACCACUCUACGUUGCAGAAGAAAGCGAAUUAAGGGAAAUCAUAAAGGAGAAUGGGAAGUUCACAAUUGAGGCUUUUGAGGAUAUCAUUCAUCCAAACGGGGAGUUUCCGUUAGACCCCAAGAUCCUCGCCGUCUCCUUUAGAGCUUGCUGUGGAGCUCUCCUAUCGGCACAUUUUGGAGUGGACACAAUGAGGAAAGCCUUUGAACUCGUCGAGGUCAAGGCACGUGAAGAGUUUUCUCGCAUCCAGAAUGCCAAACCAGGAAUGCAGUACCUCAUCGCGCUUCGCAAGAACUGAUGAUCCAUAUAUAUUAUUGAUUUUUAUGAUAUUUCAAAGUUAAUUUGUGUUUUCAUCGUUGUUAUUCUUCUUCUUUCAUCCCAUGGUGUGUUGUCUCUUGUUGUUACAUCUUACUGUUGUUGUGUUAGUGCUUAUGUAUUCUCCAUAUCCUACA